GUAGAAACAAUAGGUGACGCAUACAUGGUGGUAUCUGGUCUUCCAGAACGAAACGGCGACAAUCAUGCCAAAGAAAUAGGCCUAUUGGCACUGGCGAUACUGGAUGCGCUGAAAUCCUUCACGAUUCAACAUAAUCCGGACUAUCAGUUGAGGAUGAGAAUCGGCAUCCAUUCAGGACCAGUUUGUGCAGGGAUCGUCGGACAAAAAAUGCCGCACUAUUGUCUUUUUGGCGACACUGUCAAUACUGCUAGCAGAAUGGAGAGUACCGGACUUCCUCUCAAGAUACACGUCAGCGAAGCUGCAAAACAAAUGUUCGAUAAAUUCGGAACUUUUCACCUAGAACUAAGGGGGGAAGUGGAACUGAAAGGGAAGGGUUUUGUAACUACUUAUUGGCUCCUCAGAAGUACUGAAGAUGAUCCAAGACCAAUGACGCCAAGACGCAUAUCAACGAACAUUGAACCAGAAUCGAGUCCAUAUCCCUUAGUUUUCAUGGGCUAAUUAUGCAACUGUGGAAAUUUGAUCUUAGAUUUAGAAAUAGUACCUGUCUCAGUGGUUGCUUCAGAUAUCCAUUGAAUCAAUAAAAAAAUUACUUCUGUAAAGGCUUGAUUUAACUGUGGUUUGCAGAUUCAUGUUGUGAAACCCUAGUGCCAAAAUAUAUUUAUUUGUACCUGUACAAUGGAUGAAUAUAUAUUUAUUUAUAA